GCUGCCAAAUUGCUCCGCCAAAUCCUUAACGGCAACCAGCAGCACGACGCUGGUGCUCUCACCUACAACCAUCCGCUCGGGUGGCUUGGCUUGCGCACCCUUUUGUGGCCUUCGCGUCGCCUACCCUGUCCCUCCUCCGUGGAAUUGCGGUCACAUAUCCGGCACAGCACCGCGUACCUCCGCCCCUGCCUCCCUCGCUCGCUGCAUCGCACCGCCUCCCACCCUUCGCCGCCAGCUAGACGACCGAGUAUGGUUGCAUAGACGCGCUGCUGCUCGUCGCUCGCCCUACCGCCAAAUCGACCGCCGCCUGAAAUGGCUGCGGAGAAGCGCCCCUCUAUCGAGGGCCUUGUCGACAACAUGGACCCGCGAGAAUCGCAGGAAUUAGAGGAACUGCCCAAGUACGAGGCUCCCGAGGAGCCGGUGGAGAUACCCCUCAAGGAGAAGCUCAUAACGAGCGUGUGGAUCUUCCUCAACACCAUCUCCACCCUCGGCCUCGUGUUCCUGAGCAAGCGAACAUUCGAAGAUGUACAGCUCAAGAAUUGCCAGCUCAUGGUGGUAGGCUGGCACUUCACUGCGACCGGCCUCGUACUCUUCAUAUCGACCAAAGGACCUUUCCGCGCCUUCAAACCCGUCCGAUUAAAUCCCUGGAACAUGCUGCCCGUAUGCGCCUUCUUCGUCGGCUACGUCGUGCUCGGCAAUCUGAGCCUGACCUUCAACUCGAUCGGCUUCUACCAGCUCUCAAAAGUCAUGACCACGCCCACCGUUGUCCUCAUAAACUUCAUCCUCUUCCGCAAAACCGUGACCCGCUGGAUGCUUGCCUCGAUCCUCAUCACCUGCCUUGGCGUCUCCUUUACCAUCAACCAGACCGCCGGCCCCGCCCUCAAAGGCGUCAUCGUCGCAACCAUGGCCUUCUGCUCUACGGCCCUCUACCAAAUCUGGAUCGGCAAGAAGAUUGAAGACUUCGCCGUCUCCCCGCCGCAGCUCCUGCUCAACCAAGCGCCCCUCUCCGUCCUCAUGCUUAUCCCCUUUAUCCCGUUCAUCGACAAAAUCCCAGACUUCAGUGCCGUCCCCGCAGACAAGCUCUACUCCGCCUUCCUCUCGGGCAUCAUGGCCUCCCUAUACAACCUCAGCCAGUUUCUCAUCAUCGGCCGCACGUCCGCGCUUACCUUCAACAUCGUCAGCCAUAUCAAGUCCAUCCUCAUUCUGUCAUUUGGGUGGUACAGCGAGGGCAAGAUCCUGAGCCCGAGAGACUGGCUAGGCGUGCUGCUCGCGCUUGGCGGAGGUUGGGUGUACUCGCACCUGGCAAUGCGGGCGAAGUUGGGACGGAAAUAGGAAUAGGCGCGUUGGACGGGUCGCGAACUGUGGAACGGGGGUCUGGCCCGGCGCAACAGAGGCGUGCGUGCACGCGCACACAAAGCAUUGGGACGGGGUUAGCGGUGUUUGGCUUGAAUUUUCUGUGCAUUUCGGCUGUGCGCGUUCGGCGUGCGAGUGGUGUUUGAAACACUGUUGUCCCUUUUGGUUACCCGCAUUAGACGACAUGAUCCGGAUGCGAUGAGCGAGACUUUGGCGCUGUAUCACCUAUUACUAGAUACGAUACCUAUUAAUACCCUUCUUAAUGAG